CAAUGGAAGCAGUUAAAGACGUGACGGAGACAGUGACUGUGGACCUGGGUGCACUCCUGGACGCCGGGGACGACGCCACGGUGAUACUCGAGGCAGGUGACACUCGGCUGGUGGCGCACAGGGCCGUCCUGGCGGACAGGAGCCCAGUGUUGGCAGCCAUGUUCGCCCACGACACCCUCGAGAGGAGCACCAGCGUGGUGAGGAUUGCCGAUGUGGGGGGCCCGGUGCUGAGGCAGCUGGUCUCCUACCUGUACACCCUGCGGGCCCCCCAGCUGCCCGGCACGGCCCCCCAGCUGCUGGCCGCAGCGGAUAAGUACGGGGCGUCGGGGCUGAAGGCGGAGUGCGAGCGCCAGGUGGCCGCUCAGCUGACUGUCGAGACCGCGGCGGCCGCAGCCGUCCUCGCAGUCCGCCACUCCUGCAGUGACCUCAGGCGAGCCGCCAUAGAAUUUAUUAAGGCCUGCCCGUUCGAGGUGAUGGCCACUCAGGGGUGGGCAGAUGCGAUGCUUCAUCAACCUAAGGACUUGAUCGAAGUGAGCCGAUUGCUGUAUGAUCCACCACCAAAAAGCAGCGCACCAGUCGUUAUGGAGCUGAGUACCACAACCAGAACCACCACCACCUCCGCCGCUGCCGCCACCUCUGCCAGCGCACUUCGCCAGACACCUGCUGCUGCGCAGCCCACGACUACUCAACCUGAUAAGGCCACUGUCUCUCAAAUGCGCGCACCAGUCGUUACGGAGCUGAGUACCACAACCAGAACCACCACCACCUCCGCUGCUGCCGCUGUCGCCACCUCUGCCAGCGCACCUUGCCAGACACCUGCUGCUGCGCGGCCCACGACUCCUCCACCUGAUGAGGCCACUGUCUCUCAAAUGCGCGCACCAGUCGUUACGGAGCUGAGUACCACAACCAGAACCACCACCACCUCCGCCGCUGCCGCCCCCUCUGCCAGCGCACCUUGCCAGACACCUGCUGCUGCGCGGCCCACGACUCCUCCACCUGAUGAGGCCACUGUCUCUCAAAUGCGGAGCCUUUCUGAGGAGGAGCGAGGCAGGAGGCUGAGAGAGGCGGCUGAGGAGGGGGCGGUGGAGGAGGUGCGGGCGUUGCUGGCGGCUGGGGCGGACGUGGGGGCGGGGGACGAGGUGUACGGGUGGACCGCCCUGCACUGGGCUGCAGGGAGAGGCGACGCGGCUGUGGUGCGGCUGCUGCUCUCUGCGGCGUCCGACCCCAACGCCAGGACUCUGGGGGGGCAGACGCCGCUGCACUUGGCGGCACGGAAUGGCCACGCAGAAGCGGCGGCUGCGUUGCUGCAGGCCGGAGCCGACAGGGGGGUGAGGACUGAUUGGGGGAACACCCCCCUGGACUUCGCCAGGCAGCAAAACCGGCAGCAGCUCGUCGAGAUGCUAACAGAGCGUUAAUACGUGCCAGUAGUAGUUCAUUGUACAUGAUAUUAAAAUAAAAA